GCUCGUGGAGAGCACAAGUUGUUGCAGGGUGCUUCCACCUCUCUCUCUCUCUCUCUCUCUCUCUCUCCAUUUUCACGGCCAAAUCGAGCGCGAGAGCUAGGUUUCGAUCAGCGAAGCAACAAGAAGAAGACGAAGAAGGAGACGAAGGAGGAGGAGAAGGAGGAGGAGGAGGAGUAGGAGGAGAGCGAGAUGGAUCAGUGGAGGACGGAUUUGGGAGCGUCGACUUCCGUCCAGCACCCGUCCAGCAGGCUGCGCAGCUCGCACGACGAAUCCACCAGGCAAAGGGAGGAAGCGGAAGUCAAGGAUCCCGUGGUUGCGAGGAAAGUCCAGAAAGCCGACCGCGAAAAGCUGAGGAGGGAUCGUCUGAAUGAGCAUUUCCUUGACCUGGGGAGUACACUAGGAGAACCGCUGAAAGUUGCAAGUUUCUUGCGUUUAGCUGAAUUUGACAGACAGGGUACUGGAGAUAAAAAUCCCGAUAAACCUAAGAAUGACAAGGCAACCAUUCUCACGGACACAAUCCAGGUGCUGAAGGAUUUAACGACGGAAGUUAACAGAUUGAAAGCUGAAUGUGCAGCUCUUACUGAAGAAUCUCGAGAGCUGAUGCAGGAGAAGAAUGAGCUCAGAGAAGAGAAAUCAUCUUUAAAAUCUGAAGUUGAAAAUCUCAAUGUCCAAUACCAGCAAAGGAUGAGGGUUAUGUACCCUUGGGCUGCCAUGGAUCCAUCCGUCAUCAUGGGUCCAGCCUACUCAUAUCCAGUUCCAAUACCCGUCCCUCCAGGUCCAAUACCCAUGCACCCACAACUUCAGCCUUUCCCUUUCUUUGGAAAUCAGAAUGCAAGUGCUAUUCCUGCUCCAUGUUCUACCUUUAUCCCAUAUUCAAUGCCUGCCAAUCCCACAAUUGAACAGCAGUCAACCCAAUAUGCUUCCAGUUCUCAUGUGUCAAAUAAACAAGACUCCAAAAGCACGUCGUCAGAUCAUCGAAGGGGCAGCAAUGCAGAACAACAUGAAGAUUCAAAUGACGUGGCGACAGACCUUGAACUUAAGAUGCCCGGAACAUCAUCACAACAGGACUUAACAACCGGAGAAAAGAAGGGCAAGCAGAUGCAGAGAAAGGAGAUAAGUAUUGCUGAUGGGAGUUCAUCAAGCAAGUUUUCUUCGUCUCAAGCUUUCCCAGAUAGUUCCUCUAAUAGCGUUAGUGACAACCCGAAGUCCAGUAGAUGAAGAGUUAAUUCCUUAUUCUCUGUUAAACCCACACUAACGCUAACUUAUGUAGCUUGUAUCUUAUCUGUGGCGUCAUGGUCGUAGUUUUUUCAUGCUCAAGAAAGUUUGAUGUGCAGGUAACCAUGAUCGUUAAGAAAUAACAAGACACAGAGCUUGCUGACUACAUUUUCUUUAAAAAAGAAAAAAGGUCCAUCUGGUUCUUAAGGAUCAGGAAGAUUGCUGGUUUAACCUGUUUGAGAAUGCCACAAUUUUCUUUUCCUGUUACAGAGCCUUACUCAUCUUCUGGUCCUUUUGUAGUUUGUACUCUGGUUAACCGAGGCUAGUCAGUUGUAAAUUAUGCUGCGCUUGCUUAGCUUGGUGAAAAAAGGAAUUCUUUAAGUUUGUUCAUAUUUCAGAGCAUAUGCCUGAAAGUUGUAAA